UGCUCCGAGGCGCCUCCUCCCUGCGAAGAUGGCGGCGGCGCGGUGAGCGGAGGUGAUCUUGGAGGGCAAAACAAGAAUCCAGGUGUCUUUUAGGGUUCUCCACGUGUCUCCAGUCACUUUUCAUCAUGAGCAAUACAUCCUUCAAGAAGAAGAGCAAAGGGCUGAAAUUUGCUGAAAAGCAACUGAAGAAGCAUGGCUGGAAGAAAGGUAAAGGACUUGGGAAGCAAGAAAAUGGAAUCUCUGAAGCCAUAAAGGUCAAAGUGAAAUGUGACACAGCCGGGGUGGGCCAUAACUCAGCAGAGCAGUUCAGCUACCAUUGGUGGGACCACCUCUUCAAUUCAGCCGCCGCCAACCUUUCCAUAGAGGCUGAGCAGGGUGGUGUCAGAGUGAAGGAGGUCUCUGCGCAGGCUGCACCAGUGACAAACAAGAAGCCCCGUAAAGCCCAAGGGCAGAAGAAUAUGCUGUACGGCCGCUUCGUAAAGGCAGCCACACUGACAUCUGGCGGAGAGGAAUCCUUGAACCCAGUUCACCCUUCAGACAGCAGUGAUGAGGAUGACAGACUGGACUUGUCCACAGCUAGGAGGCUGACUGAUGAAGAGCUGGUCCAGGCGUGUGGAGGAAGAACAGCCCAUAAGGGGGCUCGGCAUGGCUUGACCAUGGCUGCCAAGUUGGCACGGCUAGAGGAGCAGGAAAAGGCUUAUUUGGCAAGUCGCUUCCAGCAGCAGCAGCAGGCAGCACCCACUCAGGCUGCCCUGAAUGGUGGCAGACGCACCAGCCCCAGGAGGAAACGGGAGAGUGCCAAGCAGAGCAAAAGGAGAGGUGGGGGUGCCACGCCUCAGAACAGCCUUGAGCUGAUGGGAGAGGACAGUCCUUGUGAAGGGCAAGAGGAGGAAGCUCCUAGGAAGAAGAAGAGGAAGAAGAGGAGGAAGGAAAAGCCACAGGAGGAUGGAGGGAGUGAGCCAGAGGAGCGGCAGGUGGAAGCCACAGGACCCGAAGACAGAGGGACUCCAACUACCAGGCCCAGGCAGAGGAAGGCAAAGAGGAAAGCGGAGUGAGGGGACUGGGCCAGCAUCUGGGCCAAAGUGCUCGGAGCCACAUGCCUGCCAGACCCUGUCGCAGCAAUCCCAGGAGUGGAGGCUCUCUGCGUGAACUGCUCUCCACCCACUUCUGCUCCUUUUGGGAAGAGACUGGCUGGCUCUUUCUCCUUUUUACUUAAAGAAACCAAAACCUGCUAAGGGGGGAGGUGGGAAUGGCAAAUGCAGAGAGAGGGUACGAUGCUUAAAUACAGAGAUGCUGUAUGGAUAAACGUUCCUUAACGGAG